AAUUGUCAUUGAAUUAAUUAGAUCAAAUUAUUAAACCCUUUUUCUAUUUUUCGACUAGAAAAUAAUCCAAAAAAUCAGUCACUAUUAAUAUAGCUAGGUGUUGUCCUAGUAUAUUACACUAUAUGGCUGACCAAACUGGAUCAUCCAACGUUAACAAACAACUUAAUCAACAACUGCCACUUCUUUCUGUGUCCAUUCCUCAAACUGAGCCUUAUCAGCAAUCGUCGCUACCACCACCACCACCACCACCACCGCCACCACCACAUACUAUGGAAGGUGCAGGGCCGUCAAUGUCGACGACCCUGCCUGUUGUGUCCCCCACGGGGAAGCACCCCUUGUAUCGGGGGAUACGUCCCCGGGGCGGUAAAUGGGUAUCAGAAAUCCGUGAACCAAGGAAAACAACACGGAUAUGGCUCGGCACAUGGCCUACAGCCGAAAUGGCAGCAGCUGCUUAUGAUGCUGCUGCCCUUGCUCUGAAAGGGAGCGAGGCCGUUUUGAAUUUUCCUGAGGAUGUACUGAGGUACCCCGUUCCGAACUCGAACUCCCCUGCAGACAUCAGGAAUGCUGCGGCAGUAGCCGCAGCAACGAAGCAGGAAAGAGAGAAAAAGAUUGGGGAUGAGGUGGAGAAAGUUGGAAAAGAAGGAGCAGAAGAGGAAUUCAUAGAUAUGGAAGCAUUGUUUAAUAUGCCGAAUUUGCUUGUGGAUAUGGCGGGAGCAAUGAUGGUUAGCCCGCCUCGAUUAAGCGCGACGGGUGAUCGCGACUUGGUUGAAGAUGAUUGUGAUGUCGGUGAAUCUGGGAGCUUGUGGAAUUAUGAUUAAUUUGCUUGUAGUAAGUUUAAUUAUUAUAGCAUGGCCUUAGCUUGUAGUCUUUUCUGACUAUUUAUGAAACUUCACAGUAAGUGACA